ACUAUCAACCACAUUUUAUCACUCAUCAAUUAUAGCAUAAUGUCAACUACAUCCAAACAAAUCUUGGGUCUUUACAAACAGUUGUUGGGAAAGGCCAACAAGUUCGACAACUACAACUUCAGAGAGUUUGCUAAGCGUAAGGUUGUUGAUUCUUUCAAGGCCAACAAGAACCUCAAGGAUGAAGAAGCAGUCAAGAACUUCUAUAAUGAAGGUAUCAACAACUUGGCUAUGUUACAUAGACAAUCUACCAUCUCCCAGAUGUACACCUUCGAAAAAGUUGUCGUUGAACCUUUGAAAAAGAAAAUCUAAUGGAUCAAUGGAUUUUUUUGGACCAACAAUAAUGUAUAGACAGGAUCAUUUCACCUACAACUACAAACACCUUAAAUCGGAAUGCUCGGGUUAGCUCAAAGUAGGCUGUUACGGCGUCAGUUCUAUGUUGAUAUGAGUAUAUUUAAGUAAGGAUGUUCUCGGUGGCAAUGCUUUUGAAAAAUACCCUUCGUAGCAUUCCUUUAUGUAUAUAGUGUUUUUUGAUAUUAUAUGAAUCAUUUGAAGAAAUA